GGCGGUAAAUGCUCUGUGCGAACCACACAGUAUUAACAGUUAGCUAUAGAAGAAAUUAUGCUAGCUCCAUAUGGUAAUUGUUAAUCAUGAGAAACUACUUUCGCAGCUACAGUUAUCCUCACAAUAUUAAGGACAGUAGUUGUUAAUCUACUGUAACGUUUAUUAUUUUCGGCAACCGCGGGAUGUUAUCAAACGUCAACCCUUGUGUAAUAACGAGGGAUUUGAGGAGGUCGUUGGGUAACGUUAACGUUAGGGACGUUAAGCUUUCUUUUGCUCCAAAUGUCACAGAAGGACGACUCUGAAAAUGACAUUUGGGAGUAUAAACCUCUUCAGAAGAAAAAGAAGAGACACGGAUCACCGCCUGCAACUGUGACUAAAAGAAGAUGUACUUCCAGAAAAACCUCCAAGAGAGACAUUUGUUUCUCAGUCAAGUCACCUGACCGGAAAGUCAAGACAGCUGAAAGGGGAGAUUGUAGUAACGUUACUGUUAAUAUAGACGGACAUAGCAGUUUGGAGGCACAUAAUCUACCCUCAAACCCAUCUCAUACUAAUGACACAGUGCAAACAGACAAUGCUGCUGAGGGGCCAUCCUUCGGAGACUUUUGCCCCAUGUGUCAGAUGCCCUUUAACAUUUUGGUGGUGCAGACUCUAAGAUGGCAUGUUGCUGAAUGUCUUGACACCCCCAGGAACACAUGUAAAGAAUGUCCAGAUGGCUUCCAGUGCUCCUCCACCAUUCCAAACCAUUACAAGAAAUUCAACCACACACUCCUGGCCCACAGUCGAGCAAACAGUGACACAGCCCUACUUAGUCUGUCCCAGCGGGUAGAAACCAGCGGGAAGAUCAGCUUCAGUUGUCUCCCAGGACCAAUAAACAAUGAGCUGGAUGGCUCUAUUUUAGAGACUGCACAAAGUAGUGCUGUCAGUCUUUCUGCCUUAUCCAACUGUAGUGUCUCCCCUCACAAUAAUCACACUGGAACACUUCCAUCUAAAUCUACAAAUGGCCUUCUUUUACUGCGCUCACCUGGCCCAGAUGAUUUAAAAAAAAAGAAAGGUUGGUCGUCCUCUACUAAACGGCAAAAGUCUAUCAGUGCUUCCCAAGAAAGCAGAACGGAGCUUUCAUCUACUCCUGUCAAGGCAGAGAGUGAAAGACAAGCUUUUGAAGGUUUACCCAAAAGUGAACCUUCCCUUGACAACAAUGAUGCAAUAUCCUAUUCUCCUCUUUCUGAGUUCCCUGCAGAGACUGAAGUUAAAAUUAGUGAAUGUAGAAAAGCCCUUUUUAAUAAGGAUGCAUUUGAAAAUGAGGCUGAAGACUCAAUGUUGCUGUUCAGCGACGAUUUCUCAAGUGAAGAUGAGCUCCUCACUGAAUUUAUAGAUCAUUUGGAAACCAAUAAUGUGCAGGUAAAGGAGCCUGCUUCUCUAAACACCCAGCUGGAGUCAGUUACCUCAUUACCGCCCACCAAUCAGAACAGAGCUGAUUCAACAGGUGAAAAAGAAGCUCAAAGUAGAUCUAACAGUGCCAUCAGUCCAUGUAAGAGUAGUAUUCAGUCUCCACAAAGUAUUGUUUUAGAGCGCUUGAGAGAAACUGUUCUAAGCUCAAAUAGCCUGCAUUUUAAAAACUUGAAUGACCGCAGUUUUCAAUCAGAGCAACCUCACGCAACUUCUUCUCAAGUGGCUUCAUCACAAACCUCAGUUGUCGAAAGAUCUCAAACCAUGCCGCCUCAGAAAGGCCAGAGCAAGGCAGGUCAGGCCUCCUGUCUGAAGCAGACGGACAUUGGGGUGUUUUUUGGCCUCAAACCCCUCAAAGAGAAGAAGAAAGAGGCUGAGGGUGGACCAAAUGAACUCGACACCACCUCUGUUCCAACACUUAGUGGAAACUCAGGACAGAGACGACAAAGGAGAGACAGGCAAAGAAAAGGGAAGGCUGACGCAACUGCAGACGCCUCACAGGGCACAGUGACACUAGAUAAUAGUAAUGUAGUGGAUGCUCAGGGAGAAGCAGGGAAAGGUAGGACCAGAGGAUGGAGAGGAAGAAGGUGGAACAGAGGCAACGCUGUUGCUGAGGGAGAAGUAGAGUUACCACGUUGUCCCUUCUACAAGAAGAUUCCAGGUACAAAAUUUGUCAUAGAUGCUUUUCAGUACGGAGAGAUUCCUAGCAUCACUGCCUACUUCCUAACACAUUUCCACUCAGACCACUACGGAGGGUUGACCAAGAAGUCCACAUUUCCAAUCUACUGUAACAGAAUUACAGGGAACCUGGUGAAGAGAAAACUGAAGGUGGCAGAGCAGUAUGUCCACAUCCUCCCCAUGAACACCCAGGUCACUGUGGAGGGAGUCACGGUCAUCCUCCUGGAUGCCAACCAUUGUCCAGGAGCUGCCAUGCUGCUGUUCUUCCUGCCCGAUGGGCAGACAGUCCUCCACACUGGAGACUUCAGAGCUGAUCCCUCAAUGGAGACCUACCCUGAGUUACUCAGCUGCAGGGUGCAGACGCUCUACCUGGACACCACCUACUGCAGCCCUGAGUACACCUUCCCCAGACAGCAAGAGGCCAUCAAGUUUGCAGCCAGCACUGCCUUUGAAUUAGUGACGCUCAACCCACGUACACUUGUGGUGUGUGGAUCCUACUCUGUGGGAAAAGAGAAGGUCUUUCUGGCACUGGCAGAGGUCCUGGGGUCUAAAGUGUGCCUCUCUAGAGACAAAUACAACACCAUGUGCUGUCUGGAGUCAGAGCAAGUCACACAACUUAUUACCACUGACUGGAAAGCAGCCCAGGUCCAUGUGCUGCCCAUGAUGCAGCUCUCCUUCAAAAAACUGCAGGAUUACCUGGUGCGCUUUUCAGGACGGUAUGAUCGGCUGGUGGCCUUCAAACCCACAGGCUGGACCUUCAGCCAGCAGGUGGAAUCAGUGGAAGAUAUUCAGCCUCAGAUCAGUGGCAACAUCUCCAUCUAUGGAAUCCCAUACAGCGAACACAGCAGCUUUCUGGAGUUGAAGCGUUUUGUCCAGUGGCUCCAGCCCCUUAAGAUCAUCCCUACAGUCAACAGUGGCAGCUGGGUUAGCAGGAAGGCUAUGGAGAAGUGCUUUAGUGAGUGGCUAAUGGAAACUAAAGCUAAACUAUAGUUUAUUUACCUGUAAACUGUGUUUGCAGCUGGCCUCUAAAUUGCCUCUGCUGCCUGUUUAGUAAUACGAGCAAAAGCAAUUAAUUCUCAAUACUUCAAAUGCUGUAUGACCAUGGGGAACAAAUUUAUUUGAACACUACUCAUUUUAUUACUUUUAUUGAAGUUGCUUGCCUCACUAAUGAAUCCAUAACAGUAGCAUUUCACUGUGGAGCAAGGGGUUGUGAUGAAGUAGGUGAACAUGAAAUGCCUCCAUGAUUAUUCACAUCUAUUUAAAAAAAAAAAAUAGGCGGAAUUAAAAUGACUAACAACUCUGGAAGCUGUUUUGUGUAAACAUGAGUUUGUACAUGAAUCAUGUCUACCAUUGGACCUGUGUCAUCCAGAAGUAUUAUACAUUGGAACUGAAUUAAUUGGAUGUGUCUCUGUCUUCUCUGGCCACUUCCACUGUGACCCCUGUUUGUCAACAAUAUACUGCAAGUGCUGCUUUGAAAUUGUGCAAUUUAUAAUUUUUCUAUGAAAUCAAAAUCUUUAUGCUGAGGAAAAAUAAAUGUUUUUAACGUUCUUAACACUUUUUUUGAAACAUGAAUCUGUUCACAUUACUUUUGAUGUCAAGAAAACUCAUUGUACAUGAGAUUCAAGAUGAGCUUAAUUUUAUUUUAUUUUUAUUUGCAAACUUGGUUUUCAAAGUUGUAUUAUGUGGCUUUUCACUGCUACUAUACAUUAAAUUACAUCUCUACAUCUCUUA